CAGCUUUAUUAGCCAUGAAGAGAAAAUCAGCUGGAUUACAGGAAAAAAAAAAUUCAGGCCGAUUAAGCAGAUUGCUCACCCCUGUGAAACAUCUGCCUUGACCGAGGUGCUAAGAAAGUUCGAGUCAGGCCUUGCGUGGAGCGAGGAAGGCCACCCCCUCCUCUAUUCUGUAAGGAGAGGUUCCAUUCCUAGUCAAAUGGUGGUGCUAGUUCUUUAGUUUUGAGUUACUGCAUUUCCUAAUUUCAUGGUCAUAACAGCCUCCUGUCUUCUGCCUCGGAGCCGAUUUCACCAAAACUGAAAAUGCGGGCUCCUUGCUCAGACGCUCCUUAACGGGCUCGAAAGGUUAAGGUUCCUUCCUCUUGCCCAUGCCAUAGCAUAAGAAGACAGUCUUUGAGUGGCAUUCUUCUCAAGUGGCCGGUCGGCUGCUGAGCCCUCUGCUGUGCGGAGAGACGGUUUGCGCCUUGCCCGCGGCCACUAACCAUGACUAUGACCCUCCACACCAAAGCAUCCGGAAUGGCCCUGCUGCACCAGAUCCAAGGGAACGACCUGGAGCCCCUGAACCGCCCGCAGCUCAAGAUCCCCCUGGAGCGACCCAUAGGCGACGUGUACGUGGACAGCAGCAAGCCUACUGUCUACAACUACCCCGAGGGCGCUGCUUACGACUUCAACGCCGCUGCUGCCGCUGCUGCCUCCGCUCCCGUCUACGGCCAGUCCAGUCUAGCCUACGGCCCUGGGUCCGAGACGGCAGCAGCGUUCGGUGCCAACGGCCUGGGGGGCUUCCCUCCGCUCAACAGAGUGUCGCCAAGCCCCCUGGUGCUGCUACACCCGCCAACGCAGCUCUCACCCUACCUGCACCCCAACGGCCAGCAGGUGCCCUACUACCUGGAGAACGAGCCCAACGGUUACGCCGUGCGCGAGGCUGGCCCUCCCGCAUUCUACAGGCCAAAUUCAGAUCAUCGGCGUCAGGGUGGUAGAGAAAGAUUGGUCAGCUCCAGCGACAAGGGCAGCCUGGCUAUGGAGUCUGCCAAGGAGACACGCUACUGUGCCGUGUGCAAUGACUAUGCCUCUGGCUACCACUAUGGAGUCUGGUCCUGCGAGGGCUGUAAGGCCUUCUUCAAGAGAAGUAUUCAAGGACAUAAUGACUACAUGUGUCCGGCUACCAACCAGUGCACAAUUGAUAAAAACAGGAGGAAGAGCUGUCAGGCCUGCCGGCUGCGCAAGUGCUACGAAGUGGGCAUGAUGAAAGGUGGGAUUCGGAAAGACCGAAGAGGAGGGAGACUAUUGAAACACAAGCGGCAGAGAGAGGACGGGGAGAGCAGGCACGAAGCCGGGUCCUCAGGAGACACGAGAGCUGCCAGCAUUUGGCCAAACCCUUCCUUGAUCAAGCACGUGAAGAAGAGCAGCCCUGCCUUAUCCUUGACAGCCGAGCAGAUGGUCAGUGCCUUGAUGGAGGCUGAGCCCCCCCUAAUCUAUUCCGAGUACGACCCUACCAGACCCUUCAGCGAGGCUUCCAUGAUGGGCUUGCUGACCAACCUCGCGGACAGGGAGCUGGUUCACAUGAUCAACUGGGCAAAGAGGGUGCCAGGAUUUGUGGAUUUGACCCUCCAUGAUCAGGUCCACCUUUUGGAAUGUGCCUGGCUAGAGAUCCUGAUGAUUGGUCUCAUCUGGCGCUCCAUGGAGCACCCAGGGAAGCUCCUAUUUGCUCCUAACUUGCUCUUGGACAGGAACCAGGGAAAAUGUGUAGAGGGCAUGGUAGAGAUCUUUGACAUGUUGCUGGCAGCAUCAUCUCGGUUUCGUAUGAUGAAUCUCCAGGGAGAGGAGUUUGUGUGCCUCAAAUCCAUCAUUUUACUUAAUUCUGGAGUGUACACAUUUCUGUCCAGUACUCUGAAGACUCUGGAAGAAAAGGACCACAUCCACCACGUCCUGGACAAGAUCAUAGACACGUUGAUCCACUUGAUGGCCAAGUCGGGUCUGACUCUUCAGCAGCAGCACCGGCGCCUGGCCCAGCUCCUCCUCAUCCUCUCCCACAUCAGGCACAUGAGUAACAAAGGCAUGGAGCACCUGUACAACAUGAAGUGCAAGAACGUGGUGCCGCUCUACGACCUGCUGCUGGAGAUGCUGGAUGCCCACCGCCUGCGCUCCCCGGGCGGCCUCGAGGGCGUCUCCGUGGAGCAGCUGCACCAGGGCCCGAUGGCCACCGCGGGGCCCCCUUCGUCACAUUCCUUGCACACGUAUUACAUCCGCGGGGAGGCAGAGGGUUUCCCCGCCACGAUGUAAGAGCUCCCUGGCUCCCACCGAGUUUCUGAGAAUCCCCGCAGCCUUCUGCCCACGUCAUCCACCACGACAGCAAACUCUGCUCCUGAACGCACUCCAGCAUGCCACCACCACUAUGGCUUGAUAAUACGAGUGGCCAUCCGUUUGCUUGCUCAGCUCUUAGCGGCGCGCCUUCUUUUGGGAACAGCCAAGGGGACGCCAGGGCUACAUUCUUUGUAACAGCUCUCUUCCUCCCUUUGCUGGCCUUCUAAGCAUAAGGAUUCCUGUAGCGUUUCAUAACUGAACUCAGUCUAGGAGCUGGGGCUCAGGCGAGCCCGGGCAUUUGAGCUCCUUGUCAAGAACCAGGCCUGGAGAGCGGACAUUUCACCUCUGUGAAGCACUUUUUAACGAAUCUAAGCCACAGGAAAGAAUGGGAAGUGGCUCCUUUAAAUGCUGACUUGGAGAAAGCUAGAUCAAGGGUCUAUUACAGUGUCCUCUUGUAUUCCUAGAGUAACAUAUCAUUUAUUGAAGUAACACUUUAUUGCUCGGUUGCGUGGCUGUAGCCGACUUAUUCAGCGAUUGUCUGUUCAUUUCCCCCCGUAGGAAUACAGGGUGCACACAGGGAAGGAAGGUCCCCUAGUUGUCAAGACUUUGCCAACUGAAUACACUGCACCUUCAGAUUUGCUGCACACUCUCACGUUGGCUUUUGAGAGCACUACGUACAGGUCUCGGGUCCCAGUUAAUCCCCGCUUCCCGGGGACCUGUGGAAAACAGCAAGCGGAUCCCGGUUAAGUCACCUCCCCAUAUGCCAGCAUUCCUGUGAAGGAUACAAUUCUUGUUUUGUUUUGUUUUUUUUUUUAAUUUUUGUUUUUGUUUUGUAAGAGAGAGCCCUCUCCCGACAUGGCCUGCAGUGAGUCCGCGCCAGGGUCUGUUGCGGUGUGGUCUCACACAGACAGCAGGGGGCGCUCUGCUUGGAUCUUCCUGGUGUGUAAUUGACACCGAACGUGAAUUAGUCUCGCGUAGAGUGCCCAGCCUGUGACCAAAAGCCCUUUAAAUGAGUGGGCACCCUAGUGACACUGUAAGCCCUGGGGCACUGGGCUAAAAUAGUAAAUGUGCAUGACCAUUGUAGUAGGUACUAGAGGACAGGGAGGAAACGGUUGACACUGGAUGAGUCUGCGAGGCUCAGGGCGGCCCUGCCACGGGCUGCGGCUCCCCAGGACUGCCACACUGCACUGCGGGCUGCCCUGGGGUCCACGGGGCAGCCCUCUCCUCUCCAUUUCCCCGCGCAGCCCUGAUUGGACGGCUGUAUCCCUGCGGUUGGCCGAGCACACUCUGAAGCCAGGGAGGGCGCCGAGGAGUGCCGCGCCCCCUACCCCGGCGCCUGGGGCCUGCCCAGACCACACGUGCCCUUGGUUGUUUAGACAUCUUCCAAAUACAAAGGUGUGGGCUUGGGGAAGUGGAGGAAGAAAAACUUCCCCCAGAGCUCAUUUCAUUAAACUGUGUAAGCCAGAAGAGCAAGACUAGAAUUGUUGACCUAUAGACAGAAAAAGAAAGUCUCACUCCAGCCACAGGGCAGCCUCAUCUAGGACCUUUGCCUGUCGGGAGAGCAAUUACGGGUUUCCUCUUCUCCGCUGAAAAGGAAGCUUGGUUUCCUCCAGUGACCUCACCGUCUAUAAUCUGAACCCUGCUGAGAGGUGAUGUGUCAGCCAAUGCCCCAGCCAGGCUUCUAGGGCUUCUCUGGGGAGGCCUAUUUCAAGAAGUGGAUUUCACUCAUUUCUAAUUGCCCAGUCGGUGGUCACUAAGGGACUGGGAAUCAGGAAGGGCAAAAAUUUUUUUUUAAAACAGGGGUAGUUUUUUCCAGAUAUGUGCAUCUAAACUUGGGGGCAAUUUUAUGUAUUGUCAUUAAGAAUAUGUUUGGAACAUAAUUCUUUUGUUGUUGUUUUGUUUAAGAAGCACCUUCUAUAGUAUAAUAUAUAUAUUUUUUUGAAAUUGCAAUGCUUGUUUAUCAGACAAUUGAAUGUAGUAAUUCUGUUCUGGAUUUGAUUUGACUGGGUUAACAUGCACAACCAACAAAAAUAUUCAGUUUUUUUUUUCUUUGUAUGCAGUCAUUGAUUGAUGCCUAAGUCCUGGUGAUUAUUCAUUUAAAUGAAGAUCACAUUUCAUAUCAACUUUUAUAUCCACAGUAGACAAAAUCGCACUAAUCCAGAUGCCUAUUGUUGGAUAUUGAGUGAUAGACAAUCUUAUGUAGCAGAGAUUAUGCCUGAAAAGGAAAAUUUAUUCAGGGCAGCUAAUUUUGCUUUACCAAAAUAUUAGUAGUAAUAUUUUUGGACAGUAGCUAAUGGGUCAGUGGGUUCUUUUUAAUGUUUAUACUUAGAUUUUCUUUUAAAAAAAUAAAAACAGACAAAAAAUAUUAGGACUAUAGAUGAUAUAAUACCAGCUAAAUCCAAACAAUGCUACAGUGGAGGGUUUUUACAUUAUUCAUCCGAUGUGUUUGUAUUCAUAUUAAGAUACUACUAUAUUUGAAAUGGGCAGAGAAUACCAGAAGGCUGGAAUGUUAGCCCAGGAGUCUCAAGUGAUUAUAGAAAUCUCUUUUUAUUCUUAUU